AAAUCGUAAAUAUAUUGCUAACACCGCAACUUUUCCUGCAGAAAAUAAUGAAACCCUAAUUUCAUUUCCCAAAAGCAAAACAAAACCCUAAUUCCCUUUCUCUCUUUCACAUUUUCGCCACUCCUUCUUACGACAGUUCUUUUCUCUCAGCGAUCGAUUCCAGCUCUUAUCUUUCACUUCCUAUUUCAAUUUCUGAUCUGUUACAAAAAUAUUCAAAUUUUGAUUUCGAUCCCGCUCUUAGAAUUUCUACUCGAGAUCUCGAUUUCUACAGCUGUAAUCAUCAAUCUUCCAUUUUCAGCAUUCAUUGCUCUUUUGGUGUUACUCUCACGAGGAAUUGCAGGUUCAAUGAUAUUUUCAUAAGAAUGUGCAGCAACUUCAGGACUUGAAACAAUAAAGUAAUCUGAGUCAUUCUCAUGUAAACGACAUAGUUGGUAAUAGCUGAGCUGAAAAUGGAAAUGCCGGCGCAUCGGACAUGGAUGUAUAAUAGGCGUAUUGUUGGCCGAAAGGGAUAUACAGCUGAAUUUUUGCAAGGCCUCGAAGAGUUUCUUGAUUUUGCUUGUCAACAACCACAGUAUUUGAAUGAAGGUGUAAUAAGCUGUCCAUGUAAGCAAUGUAAAAAUGAGAGGCACCUAACUCUGAAGGAAGUAAAUAUUCAUAUUCGUCAAAAAGGGUUUACACCUGGAUAUUGGUAUUGGACAUCUCAUGGAGAGGAAGUCCCUCAAACUAAUCUCGAUGUUGAUAUGCAUUCAGAUGAAAUGCCUUUUAGCAGUCAACAAGACACGGGGUUUGAUGAUGCUGAUCUUAAUGACCAAAAUUUUGUACAAAAUGAAGAGGUGCCGACAAAUAUGGAAUCAACUGAAUUUUAUGAUAUGCCGGAUUCAACUCAACAACCUGCGCGGUCAGGGUACCAAAACACACCAAAUAUGUCUGCUGCUAUUGCAAUGUUGAGUUUACAAUCUAAACACAACAUGUCACAAGAUUGUUUCAAUGAUGUGAUAAAGUUUAUGAGGGAGUCAAGCCACAUUGAGAAUGAAAUUCCUUCAUAUUCUAGGAAAACAAAGAGAACUGUGCAGCCAACUAAGAUGUCUAGUAAAAAGAAACGUGCUCAAACCAAUGCACCAUUGAUAAUUCCAUCUGAUACCCUUCAAACUUAUUCUAACCAAGCCACUCAACCUCCAUCUCGAACUAAACCUCGAACUAAGCUUAGUCAAUCUCGACCCACUAAGCCUCUAACUCGACUUCAACUCCGAACUCAAUCUCAAUUCUCUCACUCUCAACUCCCCCUGCAACCUCAGCCCACUGAACUUCAACCACAACCUCAACUUGGUGUGCAACCUCAACCCACGGAAUCCCGACAUCGCCUGCGACCCCAACCAACUGUACCUCGACCUACUGAACCUCAACUUCGCCUGCAACCCCAACCCACUCCACCUCGACCACAACCUCAACUCCGCCUACAGCCGCAACCCACUCAACCUCGACCCCAACCUCAACUCCGCCUGCAACCCCAACCCACUCAACCUCAACCUACUCCACCUCGCUCUCAACCUCAACCUCAGCCUCAAGCUCAACCCAUCAUAUCUCAAACCAUUCCUACCCAAGUCCUUCAAUGUCAAGAAUUUCCGAUGGUCAACGAAACUCCAUUUUCUUCAUCUAACCAUGUCAGCGAAAGUAAUGGGAACAAAAUCCCCAUACUUCCAGAAGGGGAUGGGUUUGAUCAACACAGGUUGGUAGUGAAGGCAAUUGCUUUAAUUAUACGAACUAACUUGGAGGAGGGAAAACCAUCAUGGAAGCAGUUAUCUAAAAAACAACGAGAUUCGUGGUUUGAUAUAUUUAAAUCAAAGUUUACGUGGCCACCUCAACAUAAAGACUUGGUGCGACGUAACUUUGAGAAAAGGGGUUCAGCGAAAAUGAUUCAAUUAAUGCAAGAAGCUCGAAAAGAUUUAGAUCAAAAACCAAUUUGGAUGGAAGAGCGGGUGUGGACACAAUUGAAAGCACAUUGGGAGUCCUUAGAAUACAAAACAAAGUCUGAAAUAAAUAAAAGAAAUGGCGAGUCUAUGGCUGGUGCUUCUCUUCACACUGGUGGAUCAAUUCCUCAUCAUUUGCAUUGGAAGCGAAUGAAGGAGGCAAAUGGAACAGAUCCAUCCAUGGCUGAGUUUUAUUUUCGUACACAUCGAAAAAAGGACCAAAGUUGGGUGGGUCCUUGUGCCGAGUCUGCUUAUGAUAAAUUUGAACGAAGAAAAUUGGAAUUAUCUUCCAAGAUUGUUUCGAGUGAGAAUGGAGGUGAUAAUCAACCAUCCAUAGAUAUGCCGUCUGAAUUGGAUAUAUGGGUAGAUUCAGUUGGAACGAAAAAAGGAAGGGUUUUUGGUCUCGGAUCUGUAAACAAAAAAUUGGUUACAUCUGUUAAACUUUCUGCUAAUUCAGAAGAUGUCAAUGCUUUAAGAAGUCAGAUUCAUGCACUUAACAAGUCACUGCAAAAACAGGAACAAGAGAAAUUAGAAAUGAAACAUGAGUUGACCGAAACUAAACAACAAGUAGCAGCUUUAAUGCAACACUUGGGGUUUGCCGCCUCUUCUUCUCGUCCGCAUUCAUCACCUCAAGACAGCAAUGAAAUUGAUAAUGGCGAUGCUGAUGAUAGUGAUGGUGAUCAUUUGGAGUAGGAUUGAUUGCAUCUGACUUAUAGAACUUCAGUUGGUAUAUUUGUUUCCUACAAAAAAAGUUGAACAUGCUAUGAUGUUUUUUGCAUUUCUUGGAUGCUUUACUGUGGAAACUAUCAAAGAAAAUUCUGAAAAUAUCCUAAAUAUUCUGAAAAAAUGUUACGUGUUCUUUGUUGUCUUAUGACUGUAAUUUAUAUCUUUUCAUCUUGCUCAAACAAAUUUAGGUCAUUUCGUCAAUUAUAAUCACAAAUAUACAAUCAUGAAUGUGAUUAAAAGUAUUGUGAGAAGCAUGUGCAAAAGUAUUGCAAGAU